CUGGCACCAUCAAACCAUCGCAUAGAAAGCAAACAACAACGCGACAACAACUCGGUACGCUCGGUGAGACCAGUUUGCUGUUACUUUUUCUGCUUCUUUACACCAAAAAGACGAUCGCUGGGCACGCUUGUACGUAUUGCCGGUCGGAGUACUACUCCGCUGCCUUAGUCCGUAGUCCACAGUUGCCCGUCUACCAGCACCAGCGCGUCUCCCCCCCCUCGCAGCGAUGGAUUACAUCAAAGAGCUCGACAUUCGACUCGACAAGGAGUACUACUACGCUGGCGAAGUGCUCUCCGGGCGGGUAAUAAUGCACACGACGGAGAAUUUCAAGCUGAAAUCUAUCCGGUUGCUGCUACGGGGUAAGGCGCACGUCGAGUGGAAGGUGUUCGUGUCCGGAGACAAAAGAACGGUGAAGGACGACCAGGUUUACAUCGACGAGCGGGCCGUCAUCUGGGGUGAGCGGGCUGGUGAAGGGCUGGACGUGACCGUGCCGGUGCUGGUGCGCGGUCAGCAUCAGUUUCCGUUUCGCUUCAACAUCCCCGAAACCAACCUGCCCUGUAGCUUCGAGUCACGUGCCUGUUACAUCCGUUACUUCGUCAAGGUCACGAUCGAUAUACCGUACGCGUCGCCACCGCAAGGUAUCAAGUACUUCACUAUCAUCGGACCGCACAUAGACUGCAUGGACGAGCAAUACCUGAAACCUGUUUCGGGCCAGGAUAAGAAGGUCCGAUGCUGCCUUUGCUGUGCCAAGGGUCCCGUAACGCUCAGCUGUUCGCUCGAUCGGACGGCCUUCUGCUGUGGUGAGACGCUGAAGCUGAAAUCAAUUAUCGACAACCAGGGUGAGGAGGCGGUUCGGCUGAAGGUGCGGCUGUUACAGUACUGCGAGUUCUUCGUCGAGCGAGGCGUCCUGGGCGUGACGAAGGAGGUGCAGCAUCUGGUGGUCGAGUACAAGGGCGAAACGGUGGUACCGGCCGAGCGGCAGGAUACCUGCGCCAACCUACGCAUCCCGACCGUGCCCACCACCAUGAUGGGGGUGUGCCGAUUGGCGCAGAUCUACUACACACUUGUGGCCUGCCUGGAGUUCGAUAAAUCGGGCGAUGAUUUGCAGAUUAACUUCCCCAUCACGAUCGGCACGGUGCCGUUUCGAAUACCGAACAGCAAUCUGCAGCCGCACAUAGGAUACGAUGUUGCCAUUGAUCACGUGGAAGGUGGCACCUACAUCGGGCCCGAGUUUCUGCUUGGCGAGGUGUACGAUGGUUGUAACGUGAGCGACAACGAGCAUCGUGACCUAGCUCCGCUCUACCGGCCCGUCUACCUUACCGUGGUACGCAGCUCGCAACAGAUAUCGGCCAAAGCGGUCGAGCGCAACAAUCGACGGCAAUCGGCAUCCGCGGCAGCCGGGACUGGGGCUGGGGCCAACUCGGACGGUGCUGGUGGACAAGCGAGUGGCAGCUCCGGUACUAACAACGGACCCAGCAGCAACAGUGACCAGCGCUACUAUCGGAAGUAGAACGGAAGCUGAACUCAUUCUUUCCAUUCUCGCGAUCCAUCCAAUCCAUCGACACCAUCCGUCAUCGGGAUGGGUAAGCAAUCCUCUUUCCGGUCGUGUUACGAGGGAAAUCUAUUUCUCCGAUUUGGAGGACGUACGUGCUUGAGGAUCGUGCGGGGUGUUUGGAACUAGCGCAAGUUAAGGUCAAACCCCGUCUGUCGUGCACCUCAUCGAAAGAGAGAAGCUAGAGCUUUAAAGUAUGAGCAUUAAUAGCGCCAUCGGACAGCGUGCAGAAUAGUAACAUGUUUUAGCCUUUCAGUCAGCCCCGUUAAAUGAUUCACGCACGUCUCUCGUAUAUGUUUAGCCAAGUGUCUUGACGAACAGUUCGGUCACAAUGUUCGAUGGCAACGCGGUUCACGGUUUCAAGGAAGAGUGCGAAACGAUAGUUUUAAAAGGCUACAAUUGCAACAGGAACACACGUGGAGACGGCCGUCACGCGAAGCAAAUAAGGCGCCAAACAAAUAAGUUGCCGCCACAUAAAUCUGGAAGAUAAGCAUGGCAGCAUAAAAUCAUUCGUAAACACCCCACAUUUAGUAAACUAAGGACACUUUUUCUCCUUCCGCGGAGUGUAUAACAAUGUAGUUAACGUCAAAACAACCAACCGAUAGUAGAGUACAAAAGCGCACUAACGUGAGGCCACAGGAAGUGUUUUUGGAAUCCACAUUCUCCUAGUUCCGGCCGUCGACGGUAUGCACAA